AUGGAGCCUUUUUCCCAAACAGAUAUUCAUAUAGCCCAAAGAUAUUCUUGUCACAGUAAAGUAGAACUUAGCACUGAUGUUUGGAAAGAAGGAUUAGUUAAUGGUUAUGAUACAGAGAAACAUCCGUCUAAAUUUAUUAUUGUAAAUAGUAAGGCAUGUUUAAUGAAACAAACCCGCUCAUUACUAAUAAAACUUUCUUUAGAUGAUUGA